UUUUCCAUAUUCACGCGUGCAUUCUUUUUGAGAUUUCAAAACACAACAGCACUUUUUUGCUGCCAAUUACUGUUAAAAAGAGACCUUUCAAUAGAGUUUAGUAACCAACAACAACAAUAACAACACUUUCUUCAACACAACACUCUUCUUCAUUCAUUAAUUUCUCCAAACAAGACACUUCUUCUAAGCUAAACAAGCAAUGUCCAAUAUGGUUGAAGUUAGAGUUCCAAAUCUUGAUUGUGAAGGGUGUGCUUCAAAAUUAAAGAAAGCUCUCUUCAAGCUCAAAGGAGUAGAAGAUGUAGAGAUUGAAAUGGAGGCACAAAAGAUAACAAUAAGAGGGUAUGGAUUAGAAGAAAAGAAAAUAUUGAAAACAAUCAAACGUGCAGGGAAAGCAGCUGAACCAUGGCCAUUUCCAGGACAUGCACAUUUUUCUUCAUUUUAUAAGUAUCCAAGUUACAUUGUUAAUCAAUAUUACUAUGAUGCAUAUAAAAGUGAAGCAACAAAUGGUGUUCAUACUUUUUUCCACACUCCUUCUAUUUAUUCAGUUGCUGUUGCAUCUGAUGAGGCUUUUGCUUCAAUUUUUAGUGAUGAUAAUCCUCAUGCUUGCUCUAUAAUGUAAGCUAGGUUCAUGUUCAUUUUGUUUAAUUUAUUUUUUCUUUGAAAAUUGAGUGAGGUAUCUUUUUGCA